AUGAGUUUAUUUAUUGUGUUCCUCUGCAUCUCCGCAGUGGCGUUGGCCAGCCUCGAGCCCUCCGGCUACCGGCCGCCAGGUUCAUCCUCGUCUUCGCAGUACCUUCCUCCUCAUCAUCAGUUGCAACACGAUCACCAUCAACAAAAUCAACACCAUCAACAGAAGCAACCAGCGGUGGCCUCGUUACCGCCAUCUUCGCAAUACCUGCCACCAAGCGACGUCUCCGCAAAGCCAACCUCGCAGUACUUGACGCCACAGCACCAGCAGCCUCUACAACCGGCUGCGCCGUCGGGCAACUACCUGCCAGUUACGGAAAAGCCACACGUCAGCAGACCUUUGCCACCUGCCAACGGUUAUUUGCCGCCGCCUGUACCUUCGAGCAGGCCUCCACCUCCCCCUCCGCCACCGGCCCACGAUUACUUGCCGCCCUUGUCGAGAUCUCAAGCCACCGGGCCUUCGGUGAAAGCUCCGGUGAGCGACUACCUGCCGUCGAAGAGACCUGUGGCUACCGCAUCUUUACCCUCAAACGAAUAUUUGCCGCCGCACGCAACCAACAGGCAAGCAGCUUCGGCUUCUCUGAAAACGGCACCUGCAACACCACCGAAGGCCGAGUACUUACCCGCCCGCCCGAACGUGCCUUCGACUCCUAAGAACGACUACUUACCACCGUCACAACACUCGACACCUCCUUCGGCCAGAGUCUCCGUUGUGACCGUCUCGCCUUACAAACUCGAUGGGUCCGCUUACACGAAACAAGAACCUCAGCAGCAGCAGCAGCACCACCACCACCACCACCAACAGUCGCCGAAGUUCGGUGGUUCUGAACUUGUCACUGCGGCCACAUCGUUACCUGCAAGAAGUGGGGGCUAUUCGUCUGGGGCCGAGGGUUACCAGAACAAUGUGUACCAGCAAUCCGCGGACCAUUAUCUGCCGCCCGCCGCUGGAGCCAGCGACUUCCGAGGCGCUGCCGAUCAGAGCGGUUAUCAAUAUGGAGCUGCUGGCAGCGCUGCCGGUUUCGGCUUGGCUCGCUCGGAACAACCUGCCGAGCCAGCGAAAUACGACUUUGAGUAUCGCGUGAGCGACGAAUUCGGCAACGAUUUUGGCCACAAGGAGACGCGCGAGGGAACGCAAACUCACGGCUCGUACAGCGUGCUCUUGCCGGAUGGUCGCAAGCAGAUCGUCCAGUACGAGGCUAACGAGAACGGUUUCCAGCCGCGCAUCUCGUAUGAGGAUGUUGCCACGGUACUGGGACCCAAGGCUGCCCUAGCUGGCUACGAUGGCAAUGCCAACAACCUCGGCUACUAGUCCCCGGUGAAUUUUAUUGCAGAUCGCACACACAUGUAUAAAGAGUGUCAAGACCGUAUUUAAGUAUCCUCAUCGAGGCGCUUCUAAAUUUGUCGUCAAGCGAGCACUCGUGAUUUUUUUUUUAUUGAUUUUGAUUGUAAGAGGUGAUACAGACCGUAUACUUACCGUACUUGUAUCGUGCUCAGCGAUUUUCAUUGCAAUCAUCGCACCCAGGUGACGCGACGGAAGCUUGCUAUGGAUUUAUGUGUUUCGUGUUUUGUUUUCUUUUUUAUUGUCCGUGCAAUGUGAUUUCGACGCGCUGCUUCGACGAUGAUGUAUACAUAAUGUA